GGUGGCACUGAGCACCGCGCGGGGGUGGAGCCCAUCAUGGUCGGCAUCGACACGGGCCGCGCCAAGCCAGUGGUGGCAGCCAUCAGCAAGCGCGGCAUCCAGCGGCCGAGCGACCACCUGGACGUUCCCUCGCGGGCGUUCUACCGGGACAUGGGGAUGGCCCUGAGCAGGACGUGGAGCGAGGGGCGCGCCAGCCAGCCAGCUGUGCGUGCUGCCUUGAACGCGCUGUCGGCAGCUGGCGGCCUGCACAACGGCGUGGCAUCCAAGUGGCGCGACACGCUGCAGGCUGAGCGGCAGCACGAGGCCACGCUGCGACAGGAGUACCUGCUGCAUGCAGCCAGGCUACCAGCUGCAGCGGAUGUGGCUGUUCCGCCGCAAGCGUGGAGCCCUCGACCGCGUGGCGGUCACUGUCACGGCACGACAGCAGGCGGUGGUGGCAGCGGCGGCGGCGGAUAGGAGGAGCAGGCACCGGCGCCGGGGGCAGAGGAGCAGACGGUGGUGGCAGAGGACGCAUGAGAGACAACAAGUUUGACUUUGUGGUUCUGUGAAGACUUUAGGCCGGGUUGAUACCGCGGCCAUGUGUUUGCGUAUUACGGUAUGAGCUUGAGGUCCGGGUGUGCGAGUGUGCGGGGAAACGAUGCAUGGCCCUGAACCUGAACCUGAACCUGAACCUGAACCUGAACCUGAACCUGAACCUGAACCUGAACCUGAACCUGAACCUGAACCUGAACCUGAACCUGAACCUGAACCUGAACCUGAACCCCCCAAGACAUUGCAGUUUGAUGGUGCUGGGUUAUUACCCUUGCUUGGUCGGACUGUCCCUUAUUGUAAUGCCGCAUACAU